AUGAAUUCGUGUAAUGACCAAAUUCCAUCAAAAAUCUCAGGCCCCAUUAUCAUAACAGGUGCAGCAGGACAUGGGAAAACUGCUCUUAUUGACCAUUUGGUAUCGUUUAGUUACCAUGGUAGCAAGAAACAAGGAUUCUCUACACUGCGAUCUGAGUCUGAUACCAUGCAACGUCUCAGCCAUUCUGCCGCCAUGGUUCGAAGCUCAAGUCCUCUAUCUAACUCCAGGCAGUUCUACCACCCUGGCACCAACAACAGUCAUCUUAUUGUUGGUUCCAACCAUUCAAGCCGUACCAACAGCCCAGCGUUCGGUAGCACAGCAAGCAGUAGAGCUGGCAGUCAAUCUUCCCUGACAGAAGAUAAUUGUAGGAAACUAGCAUCACAGGUUGUUGCUUUCCACUUUUGCCAGGCAGAGAACAAUUCAACAUGUUACGUACCUGAGUUCCUACAUAGUGUGGCAGCUCAACUAAGCCAAGCUCCACAACUAACAUCAUACAGGGAGCUCCUACUUAACGAGCCACACUUACAGAACAUACUUAGUAUAAGAAGCUGCAUACAAAACCCAAUCCAAGCUUUUAGCAAAGGAAUUGUUGAGCCUUUAGUUCGACUGCGCAAAGCCAACAAGCUUCCACGUUCGAACCUCGUAAUAGCGAUCGACGCACUCAAUGAAGCCGAAUUAUAUCGACCCGACUAUGGACUCUCCAUCUUCACCUUCCUACAGCGCCACCUACAGGAUUUCCCUGACUUUUUAAAAGUGGUCGCGACCCUAAGAACUGAGGAUCGAAAUUUGGCCGAAAACCUUUCCGUUAGUUUUGUAUCACUGGAUGGUGAUACCGCACACAUAGUGCGAGACUCUCAACUAUAUAUUAACCAUCGCAUCUCAAGCUCACAAGCAUUGUCUAACUUAACGUUAUCAGGAAAAUCUGAUCCUACUGUAACGCAAAAGCACCUUGGACAACACCUGAUUAAAACUUCGAAAGGAAAUUUCCUUUUUCUUCGUCUUACUCUUGACCUCAUAGAGAAAGGAUCCAUUGUUCCUAAAAGUUCUGGUUUCAAAGUCAUCCCCGUCAGUGUGCAUGAGGUGUUUCUCCUGAUGUGCAACUUGCGUUUCAUGAGUUACACAUCAUUCGAUGAUGUGCGUGAUGUCAUCGCUGUUGCUCUUGCUUCACUUUACCCCCUGAAAGACGAUCAUAUUUAUCAGGCCAUAUGCAGUGGUUUGCCUCCCAACCAACUACCGAGGGCGAAGUUCAAAUCACAGAUGGACAUGUUGUCCGAGCUGUUGGUUCUAGCUCCCUCAGUGCAAUCUUCAAGCAAGUUCCGUGUUGAUGUCAAACGCGGUCACGCUUUGUUGGCCACAGUGUUAUCCCUUCAACCCCCAACACGGUUGCAUAAACACGCCACGCUCGAGUUAGCACACCACGUGCUCAAAGCUGGGAUGUUCAAAAACCAAUCAAAGCAAUCAGGUAUGAGCUCCUCAGAGCAAAACGCAAGUUUUAUGGCACGCAGUAGCCAGCAGCUCACCGAAGCUCUAUCGUCAUUGAGAAAUCUAUUCUUCCCAAAUAUGAAGGUGAGCAAGCUUCUUCUAAGAUCUGGUGCAAACCCUAACACGCCAACAGAAGUCUUCAGUAACGCAACACCCCUAUCUGUUGUUGCACAUACAGGCUGCAUUGAACUUGCAACUCUUCUUCUUAUGUUUGGCGCUGACGUCAACCAACCAGCCACCAAUGGGAUGGCGGCUCUCACCUUUGCUGCGGCUGCUGGGAGACACCAAGUGGUAGAUCUGUUGCUACGAUACAGACCAGCGUUGAACCAAGUUGACCAGAACGGCCAAACUGCGCUGUUGCACGCCAUCUUGCGAGGCCACACUGACGUAGCCAAGCUGUUACUGACAUGUGAUCUGUACGCUUCACAACAACAUCGUAACUUUGCUGCACAGCAAGCAGUCGUUGCAGCAGCUACCAUUGGAGACAUGAAGGUUAGUUAG